AUGAAUUCAUUGUCCCUCUCACCUGCUGUUUAUGGUGAGAGAGCUGCCGUUUUCAUUUGGACAAUUUACGACUACAAAUUGGCGCAGGUUUUCUGUUCUUGCAAGGGUCAGAAAGGACAGAAGCAUGAGUAUCCCUGGCCAGAUGAUAUUGAUCCAAAUUUGAAAAGGACAAUGAGUUAUUUGUCUCACUUCAAGCCUCUAACAGAGAAACCAAAGCCAGUGACCCUUCCUUUCGAACCAUUAGUUGAUUUGGAAAAGAAGCUCAUCGAUGUGCGCAAAAUGGGAGAAACAGGUUUGGACUUCAGUGAUCAAAUUAACUUAUUGGAAAGCAAGUAUCAGCAGGCCCUGAAAGAUCUAUACACACAUUUAACUCCAAUCCAACGCUUAAAUAUUGCUCGGCAUCCCAACAGGCCCACAUUCCUUGAUCAUGUUUUGAACAUUACUGAUAAGUGGGUUGAGCCAGGAGACCGUGCUGGGUAUGAUGAUCCUGCCAUUGUCACAGGUAUUGGAAGCAUAGAUGGCAAGAGCUAUAUGUUUAUCGGCCAUCAGAAAGGCAGGAACACAAAGGAAAAUAUUCAGCGCAAUUUUGGAAUGCCAACUCCACAUGGCUAUCGAAAGGCUUUGCGCAUGAUGAAGUAUGCUGAUCAUCGAUUUCCCAUCAUCACAUUUAUUGACACACCUGCGUAUGCUGAUCUCAAAUCUGAAGAACUUGGUCAGGGAGAGGCAAUAGCCCACAAUUUGAGGACUAUGUUUGGACUAAAGGUUCCAAUUGUCACUGUUGUUAUUGGAGAAGGUGGUUCUGGUGGUGCUCUUGCUAUUGGCUGUGCAAAUAAAAUAUUCAUGUUGCAGAACUCUGUCUUUUAUGUUGCCAGCCCAGAAGCAUGUGCUGCAAUACUAUGGAAAUCCUCUUCAGCAGCUCCUUUGGCAGCUGAAAAGCUAAGGAUCACAGCCACUGAACUGUGUAAACUCAAAAUUGCUGAUGGAAUCAUUUCGGAACCUCUAGGUGGUGCGCACACUGAUCCAUCUUCGACUUCCCAACAGAUAAAGCUUACGGUCACAAAAGCCAUGGAGGAGCUUGGAGAAAUGGAUAUUGAUGGUUUACUUAGCCAACGACAUCUGAAAUUCCGGGCACUUGGAUUUGUGGAAGGUGAGCCAGUGGAUCCUGAGAAGAAAUGCAACAUGAAGAAGAAGGAAUCUGACCUUGCUCAAGUCAGAGCUGACAUUGAGACUGGAAUUGAUAAUCUCAUGAAGAUAGCAAGAGAAGCCAAGGGAAAAUCUGCAGCUCCCAUCAUCUCUAAUGAGGCUAUAGAAACACUGAUGCAAGAAGUAGACAAGGAAAUGACAAAUGCCUUUAUUGCUAUGGGCCUGCAAGAGAAACUGGAAGCUCUCAAGAUGGAGUUAUCCACAUCUCCAGGCACAGCUGAUCAAACACUUAGCCCAACAUUGCAGGAAAGGGUAGACAGUCUGAUGCAAGAAUUUAAGCAUAAUUUGUCCCAACCUGGAUCUUACAUUGGGUUAAAACAGAAGCUUGAGAUGUUAUCAGAGGCUAGAAGGUGGAACGAGCAGAGGAUGAAGGGAGAGAAGCUGAAGAAAGAGAUCAAUGAAAAACUCCAAAAGCAGGUCAAGGGGAAGAUGGAGAUUCUAAGAAAGGCAUGCGGCAAGGUGGCAAAGGGAGAGACAUUGGAUGAGAAUCAGAUCGAGGAGGUGGAGAAGGCCAAGGAAGAGCUGAAGGAGAUGCUAAAAUCGGUGAACCUGGAGGUGGUGGGAUUGGGAAGAAGACAGUGCCGACCCCACCUAACAUAGGGGAGAUAUUAGUAAAGGCAGAUGAUGUGAUAAAGAAAGAAAUGAGGCGGUGAUAGAUAAGGCAGGGUUAAGAGGGAAGAUAGAUGAAAAAGGCAGAGAUAGCGAGUGGUGCAAGUAAAGAAAAGGCGGAGAAUUUGCUGAAGGAGAUAAGAGAAGGAAUCACUGCUAUAAUGGAUACAACGGAUCUGAAGAAGAAGGUUGAAAGUACUGUGGGAUUGCCAGUGCAGGAAACAGUUGGUGCUGGUAGCUCCAGUGGAUGAGUUAGUAAAUUCAUGCAAAACGCCGAAACCUAAUGUUGGUUAUGGAUAUUGUAGAAGUCUUUCCCUAAUAGUUUGAGGAUUUUCCCCCCUCCAUCUUUUAUUCUUGAUUUUUCUUUAUGAUGGUAAACUUACUCAAGAUUGAUUUAGGAAUUAUGUUGGGCAUCUGAAAUGUAUUGAAUGUUUGAUGCAGUGGAACAAAUAAUUUGGUAAAUAAAAAUUUUGAUCUAUGUUGAUGGAUUUA